CCUGACUGUCCGCGGCCCCCAUUGCGGCGUGGCGCCUCUCCUUCACCCAGCAGCACGGGUGCAUCCAGAUUUACUUUGCCCCUGCUUCUGCUAAACCCCCCGACUCUGCACCCUGUCCUUGUAAUCUCCCCUGCGACCCCUCUGCGCGAUGGAUUCCGCACAGCUUUCCCUGCAGGGCACACACUCUUUUUCUUCUUCUUUCCCUCUUGCUAGUCACCAGCCAGCACCAGCCGCCAAGAGGGGCUUGCUUCCAAGACUUCCCGUGGCUCCAUCGACACCACUGCAGUGCACCUCGUCAGCCAUGUAGGGGAGGGGACAUCGUCCGCCUUACCGUUAUGGAGACCACGGUGGCGCGCGGUGGGCAACAUCACUCUCGAUCCAUCCAACCUAAUCUUAUGAGAUGUUCGGCACCAGAGAAAAGUAGAGACGUCCAACCCACGUGUGGAGAAGGAAAAAGCACGCCCCCGUCUCAGACAAUUCUGGGUAUUUGUCCAAAGUGUAUCGCCGACUGUGCGGUUUCGUCUACCGCAUUGGGCAGAGCCACACAGACUCGGCUCAACUGUAAUCUUCCCUGGGCAAUGGGCCCUGCCGAGAACACGUUGGGAUGCUCGGUAGUCGUCGUCGACCCGUGCCCCUUCCGUACCCACAACCAGGAUAAUGGCAUGUACUCCGUACCCGUGUAAGCCAGAGCCCACAUAAGCCGUGAACCCUGUUUAAUAUUCCUCUCGGCACUGUAGCGCCGUCCCUCUCAAGCACCCAGGUCACCGGUGCCUUGUGCCAACCCCAGAGCCCUGUCCCCCAGACUUCCAACUUAUUAGACCGGGCGAGAAGUCUUGUCCCUCUGCGGCUCGGCCGGUGGCAUACAAUAACCAAUACUCGCCCGUCUCAAGCCACACCACUAUCUUGCGCCAUCUAGUCAACAUCCGGGCUCUGCCACCCUCCUUCCCACAAGCCCGACCAGAAUACCGGGACCGUACCACCUAUAUCUUGCGUAUAAACCCUCGACCAGCAGGGAAGACUAGAGCACCACUAGGAGAAAGCUGCCUUCUGGCCGAAGUCAUCCCCAACCGUCCGCUGUGCUCCUGAUGAAGAAGGUCUCAAGACGGGAUUCGAGCUUGCUCCCGCUUCCACUUGACUGAGUGCUGUGCCUGUGUGCGAGCCCGGGCAUACCUGCUGCGCCGCUAAGGAGACCGACAGAGGCUGGCCAUAUUUACCCGGCGGACUGCUCUCUUUUUUGCUGCUGCGACCACCGAUCAUAUAACAUCUCCAGUGGCGCUGGCUUGCAACUAGGCAGCCGGAGCACAUCAGUCGGACUUGGAGCCCCGGAUCUUGCCCACGCCGUGCAUAGAACAGCGUUGAGUGAGGAACAGCACCCAAGAACCACAAACGUUCCAGGCUUUCUCGUCAAUGGGAGAUGUUGUCUCCUCUUGAACCUCAGCAGCAUCGUGCGCCACCAGUUUCCCUCCCAGAUACUCCUCCUGAACUGGUGAGCCCAAGCUCUUCGACAUACUCAACUGUACCUUCAGAGGGCCGCUUGGCCUGGAGAUCGCGGUCGAACGGCCCCCUCUCCCCACCAAUGUCCAACUAUGACCACCCCCAGCACCCGACCGACACCGGCGACAUGAGCAGGAAAGGUUCGGACGACGAGCAAUCCAGGAAGGAGCAGAGGACCCAGCCGCCCGUCUCAUCGAGCAAUGAGCAGCGGCAACAACUGCCAUCCCUUAGCAGCCUGUUCCCUUCGGCAUUGCGCCCUCAACUCUCGCCCCUUUCGGAGCGGCCGCCGUCCUACCCGGCCACGUCUCCCCUUGACCACCCUCGGAGUGCUGGAGGCUACCUCGAGCGAUCAGGUUCUUCUUCCUCGUAUUUCGCACCGACGACACCCGGAUCAUCCUCCUCGCAGCACCAUCAGUCGAGGACUGUGUACGAGCCGAAAGUGUACGACAGGACAACAGCGUCGUUCUCCAGCGGCGUAAGGUCAGCUUUCCCCGGCCCACUGUCUCCUGGGUUCCGGGAUCUGGAGAGUCAUCAUCGACCAGAGUCCAGCAGUCGAUGGUCCUCCCACCAGGACUUCAGCCGCGGUAGCACCAGCAGCGAGUACUCCUUCAGUCCGCGGGACCCUUCAAGUAGAUAUUCCCGGGCACCUCACCUGGCAGGGCAGAAACACGAUUACGAAGGCCACCCUAACAGCUAUCAUGACCCAAGGUCAGCAUCGUCGGCGUCGUCGCAGCACCGAUACCAGCUGCACCACCCGUACUCGCAGCACUCCAGCCAGCCAUCGACACCAGUGGCGGCCGAGACGAUUCCCACCAAGGACGGGUUGGGCCCCAAGAUCUGGACGGGAACCCACUUCCUGCCUAGGUUUGUGCGGGCGGCUGAGCUGCCAGGCGAGGGACUGUGCUACUUUUACGAUGACGGCAGCCAUUGCAAGACAGUGAUCGACGGGGAGGCCGUCAACGCGCACUGGGGCGUCACCAAGGCGGGCAAGCCACGCAAGAGGCUGGCGAUCGCAUGCGUGACGUGCAGGGAGAAGAAGAUUAAGUGUGACCCGGAUUACCCACGGUGUGUCCAGUGCGAGAAAUUUGGGAGGAUUUGCAAGUUCAAGAAUGCUCCCCGAGGCGGCGGCCACAACACGUCUCCCUCGACGCCUCUGAUGACGGAACGGGAGGUGUCCCCGCCGCGACAGGGCCGGUUGCCGUUUGAGCUCCCACGGCCGUCCAGGCGAUCACCUUCCGUCUCCCCCCGGACAACGGGGGCCCCAGCACUGUCGCUGGAAGUCCCGCCCAAGCGGCCCAGGUACUCGUACGAGACGUCGUACUCGCCGGCGGAGAUGAGCGGGGGCAGGGACAGGGACUUUGCGGCGCGGGCCCUCUCGUGGCAGCACGCCCCGCCGCAGCACCAGCUCCCGCCCCAGGAGCGACCAGCGGGCCAGCUCCCGCUCCCUCGAAUCCACGAGGACAUGCUGAGGCGGACCUGGCAGGCGGAUCCAAGACACGACGCUCGUGUAUAGCGCCCCCGGCGCCCUGUAUGCCUCCUUUUUGGGGGCUUGACAAAGCACAUGUGAUAGUGUCUUUCGGACGACGCUCGAUUUAAAUCACCGCGAAAACGGCCCGAGGCGAGCAAAGGUGCCAGCAACAGGCGAGCUCAAUAGCCACCGCGGUCACGAAAUUGGUCGUGAGCACUCAACCGAGUUCGACGUCUCGAGGUAACACAGGCCUCGGUGUCACAACUGUGGCGACCCAGUGACGGUGACAGCCCGGAUUCUGGUAUUCACAUGAGUCGGAACUCAGAGCCGCCACUUGGAACGACUCGCGUGAGACCACAAUCCAGGACAGAAGCAGUGAGGCAGCUCCGGAGCAAGUUGGCGGAACAAGAGGACGACCAACUUGCAUACUGUCUUGUUGAUGUCGGUUUGGCCUGCCCGCGAAGUCCUCUGGUUAUGGCCGAGCAGCUGCAAAUCUGGCGGUGGUUUGGACGAUGGCCUCCUCUUUUUCACCAUUCCCAAUGUCGUUUCUGGAAUGGUUCCACCAUAUUUCCACAGCGUCCGUUAUGAUUUUGAUGCAUGCACCGGCGUUAUCUGGCUUGUUAUUCCCUUCACAUGGAUGCAGUGGGGUAAAGAGGCACGCGUGGACUCAGCAUGGAGCCUCUGACGUUGUCAUCCGAACACAGCCUGGGGCACGUUCCCCUUCUUUUCGUGGCCAAAGUAACCGUCGAGGGCGGUCUGAGAAAGCAGCUGCCUGUUAUGUAUUAUAACGCAAUACCCUGUACAAUAAGGCGAGAGAGGGAAGCGAGAUGUAGAUCAAGAAGAAAAGCGAGGGCGACGCAUUGGGGGAGGGCGCACCCACAGAGGCCGCUUUGAGGGAGGCAUAGGCAUGGAGGAUGAGGAUGAACAAGUAGAAGAAUGAAGAGAGAAACGCGAGAAAUUGAUGUCCCAACUUGCGAGGCGUGCAGAGAACACAGCAGGCUCUGGUGAG